AUGAAUUGCUGUUCUGCAUAUUUCUAUACAAGAUUUACGAACGACGAUACAUUAAUUGAGCUGGCAAUGUUAAAUGAAUCUAAUAUGGAGGUGCAAGAAGAUUCUAUCCUACCAAGAGAUGAUCAAUCAUCAAUACAUGGUCCAAUAAAAUUCAUUAAAAGUCACUCGUUUUGGUUUUAUAUUUUCUCGUUUAUCAUCUGUAUUAUAUUUUCAUUUGUCAUUACUUAUUUAUAUUCUUCUUUAUCUGUUCCUACAAAGCGUAUUGAUUCAUAUGCAGAGAACGGAUUGCAUCAAAAUGAAAUCAAUGAUAAAAAUUAA